AAUAACAGGCUAAUCAAUCAUUGUGUCAUAUUCUUUCGCAACUCACCCAACUUGUUCCCUCGUUCAAACUCUCCUCUUCCUCUUCUAUUUAUUUCUUUUUUCUUCUUCCUUUGAUAAACAAGCAGCAAAAAUUAUGGGUGUUUUGGAGUAUAUAGCAAAUUUUUGUACAAUCACAACUAGCACAAACAACAAGAAGAAAUCAAUGCAGACUGUCGAAAUAAAAGUGAAAAUGGACUGUGAUGGAUGUGAAAGAAGAGUCAAGAAUUCCGUUAAGCAUAUGAAAGGUGUAAAAUCAGUGGAAGUGAUCAGAAAGCAAAGCAAAGUGAUAGUAAAUGGUUAUGUGGAUCCAAACAGAGUAUUGAAGAGAAUAAAGAGUACUGGAAAAAGAGCAGAAUUUUGGCCAUAUGUACCUUAUAAUGUGGUAUAUUAUCCACAUGCACCACAAGCCUAUGACAAAAGAGCACCUGCUGGUAUGGUUAAAAAUGUGCCACAAGCACUUCUUGCCCCAAAUGCUACUGAAGAAAAAUUUGCCUACCUCUUUAGUGAUGACAAUCCAAGUGCUUGUUCCAUUAUGUGACAAAAAAAAAAAAAAGUGAGACUGUUAUGACGGGCGGAGUUAGAAUUUAAAGAUUACGAGUUAUGAGAUAUAAAAAAAACUUACAUAAAUUGUCUUAGUUGCUAGGUGCACAAUUAAAUAGCAAAAAAACUUACAUAAGUUGUCUUAGUUGCUAGAUGCACAAUUAAAUACUAUUUAAUAAAUUUUCUGAUACUAAUACAGGGUAUAAACAAAAAUACUAUUGGAUUCACUGGAAUCCAUAAGCCUGUCUGUCACUUAUGUUUUCAUUGAUGAGUUUUUUUUUUUUUUUUUUUUUUUGCGUGGGGGGGGGGGUGGAGGGUGUUUAGCCCUUUAAGUAUAGCAAGAAGAUUUUAUAAAUGCAGCUACCUUUAUGAUUAUAAUUAGUUAAGGAGAGCAUGUAACUGACCAAUGGAAGAGUAAAAUUAUGAGUUUCCUUUUGAAAUGGAUGUUGUUAAAGUUAUGAAGCUCAGUGUUUCCUUUCAAA